AAUGUUUUCAGUCGUCAAACGGCAGCAUCCAACACAAGUCGCUAGUUGCGGAAUCUACAGAAGCUUCAGAACCGGCAGAAACACUGUUCACCUGGGUGAUCUUACAAGAUGUUCGACAAUCAUCGGCUUAUGCUUCUCUGCUUCUGCUUGGGAGCCAUGAUAAGCGUGUCCCUGGCCAUCGAGGAGUCCUCAGACAUCGAGGAGGAUGUGAUCAGCAUAGCCAACCAGACGCAGAAGGUGAUCCGCGUGCAUCCGCAGGACCUGCCACCCAAAAAGGACAACACCGGCAGCCAAACGAACUCGGCCUUCUUCCAAAUUCAGACCCUCCGCCCGUCCACAGCUGGAUCUCAAUCAGGAUCUAAGUCCGGAGCUGGUCAGCGGCAGUAUGUGGACUCCAAGCAGAUGCGGAAAAGGCGAACACGGCCAGCCAAAAUGCUGGAUGGGAAUGUGGCCGCCAGUGGUGAAGAUGCGACGCAGCCAGCCUUGAAAUACGAACUAAAAGCCUUUCCCAAGCAGAAACUCAAGCAGCAGAAGCAGCUAAACCUGGACACUAGGCUGGCUGGAGAGGGUGUGGUGGUGGGCCAAGGUCAAGUGUUGCCCGUCCAGAUGACGCCGGGCCCGUAUCCCAUCUACUACGUGGUGUCCAAGACCAACGGCCGCUUCGGCAAGUUCCCCAUCAAGGCCUUCCGCUCGCCCUCGGAGUUCGCCAAGUACCUGGUGAAGAGCAAGGCGGAGCCCAUUGCCCGGGAUGAGCGCUUCGAGGUGAUCUUGUGAUCUUCUCCACUUAGUCAAAGUUAAUGCCUAAACGCCUAAAUGCCUAAACGCCUAAUGCCUAACUUAUUACCCCCUAAUCGUAGUCGUAACUAUAAUAUAAUACGAAUGCUAAUUGCUGCAAUAAACAUAUGUCUAAAUUUAGCUAAUGAAACAAAA